CUUAGGUUAUUAUAUUGUUUUCACUUUUCGCAACUUGCUAUCAGCUAUCAGGAGAAGACGGACGGGCGACGGCUAUAGUAGUAGCCUACCUACUUGCUUGUGGAAUAUCAAUAUUUAGACGACUGUGUUGAGCGCAUAUAUGGCAGCUAAGUAGACUAGCAAUUCGAUUUCUCCUCGUAAGUCUCAUGUAAAUUGCACGGCAAUGUCCUUAAAUCCGUCGUCCGCUAAUGACCACACGGUCAAUAAAGUGGCUGUAUGUUCUGCGAUAUUUGCUGGAUUUGCGUACGUUGGCUACUCGGUAGCCAAAAAUGCGUUUGGCCGACGAUUAGGAAGGAGAAGCGAAGAUGGGUAUCAUGAAGACCAUCGUUUGUAUUUUCGGCGUCUCUCACAAACGACCCAAACAGACGUACUACUCGGUAACCUAGAUAACUCGGAUACCAACCGUGUGUUCUUAAGACCAAUGACUGUUCAAGAAAGAAUCAAAGAGCUUAACUUGAGGGCUAGAAUGUUUGCUGACACUAUGAUGGCAAUCCAAACUCCAUCGUCUAAACAUUCAUUGCAUGGACCAAGAAGUUUACAGGCCUCACCGUGGAAUUCACCUAGACUCAUGAGUCCCGUGGAUGCUAGACACAUACUUGGAAGUCGUUCAACGGAAAAUCUUCGUCUUUAUGACAAUUAUGCUCUAGAUUCUAACUUGGGUACUCCGGUUCGAAAAAAAAAUUCUAAUAGAUCAUUAAGGAAAAAAUCCCCUCAACCUGGUGAACAUCGAUUCUCUCUUAGCCAGCCUAAUCAAGAUAUGGAAGAGUUUGAAAACAUCUAUCAUCCGUCUUUGUUGAACAGGCCAAUGGAACCUAAUGAAGCUAAAAAUUUACUAAAAUUAAUGGGUUCAAGGAAUGUGCAAGUUCUAGAAAAAGUUCUGGUUACUGUUAGUAAUUUAGCUACGCUUACACAAAAUCAAGAAGUUAUGAGAGAAGCUGGAUAUUUAAGCCAACUACAACAGUUGAUAUACCACCCAGAAGAAUCUGUUCAAAUUACUGCUCUAGUAGCUUUAGGAAACUUGGCCUUGAACAAAAAUAACUCUAAGGAGAUGAAGGAAACAAUACCAAUUAUUUUAGCACUAAUGAAAAUGAUGGAAUCCGAAGAUAUUAUUUAUAACUGCCUGUCUACUUUGACCAACAUAGCUGUAUUUCAUAUGUGGCAUAGUGAAUUGCAACCAGCCAUACACACAUUAUAUGGACUGUUAGAAAGUCAGAACUCUAAAGUUAUCCUUCAGUGUUUGAAACUUUUGAUAAAUUUGUCAUGUAAUGAUGAUAUGAUACCCUAUUUAUUAGGUGGACAGGCUCCAAGGAAAUUGUUAUCCAUGUUGAACUUGAAUGAAAAUGAAGAAAUUCUCCUCAGAGUAGUGACACUGUUUAGUAAUUUUACUGACGCUGUAAAAGCAAUGGAACUGGAUCCCGUUUUAGAUUUACCUGUAGAGGAUAAAGCUGCUGCACCAGAUACCAUCAGGUAUGCCAAUAUUUAUGGAGUCAACGUAGUAGAGAAAAUACGAACAAAAAGCUUAGUGCUUAUGAAACAGCAUAAGAAUGAUGAAAUCCGGUUACGUGCACAGAAAAUUUAUGAUGCCUUAACCGAUUAAUUUUUAGUUGAGAUUGCAACUAACCAACCAUUCCAACAUAGUGUUAUUGCGGUGUGUUGCUUUGUUAAUUACAAAAACAAAUUGCAUUUGUAAUCAUUUUUAUGUUAUUGAUGGUAUUAACCUAAAUUGUAUAAAGGUUGUUAGAUAAUUAUUAUUUUUAUUAAGUUAUCUUUUAAAAAAAACUAAUGAGGUUAGAGACUUGUGUUACCGAGGAAAAUUGUUUAGAAUAAGUUCCUAGACAAUGUUAUGUAGUGCCAUAGAAAUUGAACACUUUAUUUAAUCCGCACUAAGCAAAUAUUCUUAAUUUAUUACAGUCAAGCAAAGCUUCUGCAUUAUUUAUUUUUAAAACUAUGAAGCUACAUUUCAAGCCAUUAGUUCAAAGUAAUUUAUAGAUUAUAUUAUUACUAUCCAUUUAGUGGCUAUUUAAACAUUCUUUAUGAAACAAUUUGGUCAUUUUGAAUAUUUUUGAACUCGAUUAUGUACAAUUAAUCAAACCACUAAGUCAACGUUACCAUACUAAUUAUUUCUUACAAUACUAUUGUAGAUAAUAUUAGGCUUUUUAACUUCACACUGUGUGUCUUAAACUUAAGUAUUACAAUUAUUAUUAUUAUUAAAUUUAUUAAAACUAUCAACAAUUUUACAAU